AGGAUGUCGACCACGAGACCGUUUCGGAUAAAGAAUCAACAAUAGAUAGAAUAAUUUCCCAAAUGACGGUUGAAGACAUUGGUGUGUUAUUUUCAAUUGCGAUACCUUGCUAGGUAGGUAUAUGGAAGUCAUCGACUAACAAGCUAUGGCGCGCCAAGUUUUACAGCUUCACCUCAUGUUUGGUGAUGAUAUAAUAGGCAUCGAAUCAAAGAAUGAGCUUUAUGUAACUAUGUAGACUUCACCAUGCGAUUUACCCCAGAUUCGCCCAUUGGCGUAAUGCACGACUGGUAUGCCCACUACGCUCAGAAGUGGAGUGUAUAAUAGAUGUUCACAGUCACAUAGGUAUCCCGUCAACACUUCUCACUACAAUUCAUUGCAGGAGUUGAAUUUGAAAAAGGCGCGACUCAAAAUCCCGUUUAUGCAUAUGGGGGAAUGCCUCCAUGGAGUUGGAUCUUUUAAACAAAGCAUAUUUCCCCAGAGCCUAGGAUUGUCAGCUUCGUUCGACACUGACCUCGUAUAUCGUGUUGGUCGUGCUAUUGGGACUGAGGCUAGAUCGAUUGGAAUUCAUGCAUGCUUGGCCCCAGUUCUGGAUAUCGGUCAAGAUACCAGAUGGGGACGUAUGCAAGAGGCUUGGGGAGAAGAUAAGAUCUUAACGGCACAUAUGGGAGUGGCAUUUUCGUCCGGUCUCUCUAAGAACGGCUCCUGGUCCGAGCCGGAUGCAGUAGCUCCUGUCGUGAAGCAUUUUGCCGCACAUGGAUCUCCCCAAUCCGGACACAACACAGCUCCAUUCAUGGGCCAUGGUAAUCGGCAGGUGAUGCAGGACUUAUUAACACCAUUCAAGGCAGCAAUCCAACUCGGCGGGGUCAAAGGGGUAAUGAUGGCGUAUAAUGAGCUUGACGAUAUCCCAGCUCAUGUCCAUCCUAUGCUAUAUCAAGCUCUUGACGAUUGGGGAUUUGAUGGAUUCGUAGUUGCCGACGAUACUGGAAUGAUAGAACUACAAUCAGUCCAUAAAGUUGCCGAUUCGCCAGCAGACGCUAUCCAGCAAUGGUUCAAUGCCGGGGGAAUGAUCCAAUUCUAUGAUUACCCCCUGGAAGUCUUCCUUAACACAACGAAAGACUUAGUCAAUAAUGGUUCUGUGGCGAUGGAAACUCUGCAAGUCUUUGCACGGAAGAUACUAGGUGUUAAAUGGGACCUUGGUCUGUUCGACAACCCUUUCAUUCCACCACACACAAACCCCCAGAAGAUCGUCGAAAGCCAUCAAAGCCUGUCCCUAGAGGCCGCGCAGAGGAGCAUUGUGCUUCUCGAAAAUAAGAAUUAUACCCUGCCUAUACGACCGCAAGCGCAGAAUAUUACCAAAGUCGCCCUGGUUGGCCCCUUUUCCGAUGCGCUAAAUUAUGGCGACUACUCUGGUGCAUGGGGGCAGUACCCAGCAGGGGCAGCUCAAACUAUCCGUGAGGGAAUUCUCAAGUUCGCCAGUAAAGAGGGGUUUGAAGUAGUAUCAAGUUGGGGAACGAAUACCUGGGAAUAUAACGCGCAAUACAUAAUCCCACCAUAUCUCCUGUCAUCCAAUGGGACCUUUGGAGGCCUUUCCGCGACGUAUUUCUCUGACACUGGAUUCAGCCAGCCCGUUAUACAGAAAAUAGAAGUUCCGGCAAUCGAAUGGGGACUGUAUCCACCAGAGGGUCUACCGUCUAAUAAUUUCAGUGCCAUUUGGGAGGGCGAGCUACAUUCACCAACCGAUGAAGAUAUAGACGGCUGGAUUGGGGCAGCAAUUGGACCAAAUACGACAGUAAAACUGUUUAUCGACGGGGAAUUACUGACUGAAUAUGGAGUAGACGGGCUCCAGAAAACAGGAAAUAUUAUGGGCAACAUUUUGGAAUACGACUACAUCUUAGCUAAUAGCACCUUACAUCCACAGGGCUCCGCAGCCUUUACAUUUAGGAAAGGGGAGUCGUAUCACAUCCGUAUCGAAUACCAGGCCUUCAAUCUAUAUAAGAAGGUGGCAAACGUCAACUCCAUCAACUCCCAACUACUAUUGUUCUGGAACCUCGUAAGCCGUCAUGGUGACGCGGUAGAGAAAGCCGUUCAGUUAGCAACCUCCUCAGAUGUCGUUAUAUUGGCCAUUGGCGCUGCUUGGAAUAGUGAUGGAGAAGGCGGGGACCGCGGUACACUGGGUCUUUCUCCAUCACAGGACAAGUUAGCCCAGCAAAUCUACAAACUGGGGAAGCCAGUUGUACUCAUUCUUCAAGGCGGCAGACCUUUCGCGAUCCCAGAAUACUACAACCAAAGUAGCGCUGUUCUAAAUGCGUUCUUCCCGGGCCAAUCUGGUGGCCAGGCUAUUGCAGAUGUCCUCUUCGGCGUGGUAAGCCCAGGCGGUCGCAUUCCCGUUACAGUCCCAAGGCACGUAGGGCAGCUUCCCAUGUAUUACAACUACAAGCCAACCGCGCACUUGAAGAAUUAUCUGGAUGUAGAAUCCUCUCCUGCCUAUUGGUUCGGGUAUGGAUUGUCAUAUACAACUUUUGAAGUUUUGAGAUUUGAAGCUAUGGUUAACGGCACAUCCUCUGUGGAUUUUGGAGUCGAGGACACAAUUACGUUUUCUGUUUCUGUGAAGAACACUGGGCUGGUCAACGGCAGCUACGUGGCGCAGGUUUAUGCUUUAUCACGCAAAUCCUCAAUCGUGCAGCCUGUGAGACAGCUUGUGUCCCUGAAGCGUGUCGACAUCCCCGUCGGUGAAGAAUAUACGAUCUCAAUGGACUUGGAAGUGGCUAGGUAUCUGAGCAUUAUUAACAGGAAGGGUCAAUGGGAGCUGGAGAAGGGGUCAUAUACAUUCGCACUCUUAGAUCACGGUGGUGAUGUAAAUACUGGAGUGAAUGUUACUCUGGAUUGCAAGCAAUAAGAGUCAGACACAAUCUUGACUACCUGUAUAAUAUACAAUAGGUAUAUCAUGGGACAAAUCUCCUCAUCCAUGGAUCUAACCAGGA